AUGUCUGUGACUUUGAACUUUCCACUAGGCUACACCCAUGAUGACCUAGAAUGGCUCGACCUGAUUCGCGCUACCGAUGACGACGAAAAUGAGCUCGAGGUUGAUGAGAUGUGUCUGCUGAAGUCUAGCGAUCGCUUUGACGUCUUCUCCGGUGUCCUUACUCUACCUACGGGCUCCCAACGCGUCGUUUGCAAGAUUGGGUAUACAUCUCAGGGAAUAAAAGGCACCGAACAGGAGUUCAUCAUCUACGAGGCGUUGAAACAUCUCCAGGGUAAGGUCAUUCCUCGCUGCUUCGGGUACUUCGAGGAGCCAGGCGAAGCUGGUUGCAUUAUCUUGGAGUAUGCCGGAGAAGAAUUGAAUACGUGCUUUGAGCGGGCACCACAGGACAUAAAGCAGAAGAUCCUGGAUGCGUAUGUCCAGAUUCACGAUGCUGGCGUGAAACAUCGCUCUGUGGCAGAACGGAAUGUUGUCAUUAAUGACGAAGGUCGAGUCUCAAUCAUUGACUUCGAGAAGGCCCUCAAGAUCCGAUGCCGGCGCACGUACAGCGUCCCUGCACCAGGAGAUAUUGGCCCAAACAAAAGGGUAUGGGGUUGUCAGGAAUUAUGUGAUGUAGGCUAUGGGCUUGAAAUAUGGAAACCCUCUGUGAUCAUGGUUUAUGGGUAUAUCACUCCGCUCAGCGCCUUCAACGAUCUAGAAGCGCUACUGGAGAGAAGACCAAGCGAUUACUCCGAAGAUGACGCAUUCGAUGAAAUGCACCAGGUUCUAAUGAGCUACGUCAAGGAGUAUUGGCCGGACGUUUACGCUCAAAUCCCCAAGGAUGGCCGACGAUACUGGCCUAAGAUCAUUAUGGACGAUAGCCCGGACCCAAUGGACGAGGCCCUGGGCAUCGAAACUAGUGGCAAAACCGGCUCACAUCCUUUGGAGGAUAGCGGUCCUGAUACCACAAGAGCGGGAUAG